GGGUCAGACUAAGAGAGACGGCAACAGAAGAGAGACAGGGUUGGCGGGACUUUACUCGCUCCUGGAUGGUGGACCCAUACAGCUUGGUGAGGACAGAUCUUACCACAGCGCUGAAGACAUCUACAGACACAAUAACAACACUCCUAGACAUACAGACAUAAAGCCAGACACAGAGCUGGAGAAGAUCCAGGAUGGUGUUGUACCUGGCCUUUCUGCUGGGGAUCCUGCCCACUGCAGCUCAAGCACAAUGGCGGCAUCCUGUAAUCAAGCUCAACUCCCAACUUGUGGUUGGGCCUGAGGUAGUACUGAACCCUGGCACCCCAUUAGUCCUGAGGUGUGAGGGGGAUGGGCCAGUCAACUGGCUGACCCGGUUGGCCAAACACAAGCGCUUCAUCUCCAAGGGCAACGGGAGAGUCAGAACCUUCCGGGUGGACCGUCCCUCUGCAGAACACACUGGGACCUAUAAGUGUGAAUAUACCAGUGUGAACGUCAAGGGCCAGGACUUGUUCUCUACGGUGCACGUGUAUGUGAAAGACCCAGCCAGCCUGUUUUGGACAAGCAGCACGUCCCUGCGUGUGGUGAGGAAGGAGGGGGAGGACCACCUGCUCCCCUGCUUGCUAACAGACCCAGGGGCCACAGACCUGGGGCUCCGCAUGGACAACUGUACCUCUGUACCCCCAGGCAUGAACUACACAGCAGACCCCCGCAGAGGCAUCCUUAUCCGUAACCUCCAACCCAGCUUCAACGCGGACUACGUCUGCAGCGCCAAGCUCCACGGGGUGGAGAGGACCUCCAAGGCAUUCUCCAUCAACGUCAUUCAAAGGCUGCGUUUCCCACCUUACGUAUUCCUGGAGAAGGAUGAGUAUGUUCGUAUCGUGGGAGAGAAGCUGAGAAUCCACUGCACCACACACAACCCCAACUUCAACUAUAACGUCACCUGGAAUUACAGCUCCAAGAAGAGAUCCACCAUAGAGGAGAAUGUCCAGUCUAAGGACAGCCGUCUGGACAUUGAGAGCAUCCUGACCAUCCCUGCAGUAGACCAGUCAGACACAGGGAACAUUACCUGCAUUGGAACCAACGAGGCUGGAGUCAACAGCUCUGCCACCUACCUGCUGGUCGUAGAGGAGCCCUACAUCCGUCUGUCCCCCCAGCUGUCCUCCAAGCUAGCCCACCAGGGCCUGUCCAUCGAAGUGAACGAGGGGGAGGACCUGAAGCUCAGUGUCCUGAUCGAGGCAUACCCUCAGAUCAUAGCCCAGAGCUGGGACACCCCCACGGCGUCGCCCACACAGGAACACAUCUUCACACGCUACAACAACAGGUAUUCCGCUACCCUGCUGCUAAAGAGAAUGAUUGCACAGGAGCAGGGCCAGUACACCUUCUAUGCCAGGAGUGCCAUGGCCAACGCAUCCAUCACAUUCCAAGUCCAAAUGUAUCAGAGGCCGGUUGCCGUGGUGAGAUGGGAGAACAUCACCAGCCUCACGUGCACGUCGUUCGGUUAUCCUGCUCCCAUCAUCCUCUGGUACCAGUGCUCUGGAAUCCGAGCCACGUGCAAUGAGAACAACACAGGUCUCCAGAUGCCUGCUCCUCUCCUGGCCCAGACGGUGGAGGUCCAGAGGGAGAAGUACGGGCCGGUCGAAGUCGAGAGCGUCCUGAACGUGGGACCGUCCAACCGUAGAAUGACCGUGGAGUGUGUCGCCUUCAACCUGGCCGGAGUCGGCAAAGACACCGUCGCCGUGGAAGUUCCCGAUAAUGUGUUGACCUCCAUCCUAUCGGGAGCAGCUGGUGUUCUGGCCUUGCUCAUCCUGCUACUCAUCAUCCUGCUCUACAAGUACAAGCAGAAACCGAGAUAUGAGAUCCGGUGGAAGAUCAUCCACGCCAGUGAUGGAAACAACUACACCUUUAUCGACCCAAGUCAGCUGCCGUACAAUGAGAAGUGGGAGUUUCCCAGGGACAAGCUCAAGUUAGGGAAGAUCCUAGGAGCCGGGGCCUUUGGGAAGGUGGUGGAGGCCACAGCUUAUGGUCUGGGGGAGGACGACAACGUGAUACGAGUGGCUGUCAAGAUGCUCAAAGCCAGGGCCCACUCAGAUGAGAGAGAGGCACUGAUGUCAGAACUGAAGAUCCUGAGUCACCUGGGACAGCACAAGAACAUUGUCAACCUGCUGGGAGCCUGCACUCAGGCAGGACCCGUACUGGUGAUCACCGAGUACUGUAGUCAUGGAGACCUUCUGAACUUCCUGCGACACAAGAAGGAGACCUUCCUGAACUUUGUCAUGAACAUGCCAGAGGUACCAGAGGAGACCAGCGACUACAAGAACGUCUGUGAGGAGAAACAGUUCAUCAGAAGUGACAGUGGGAUCUCCAGUGUGUCUUCUGACAGCUACCUGGAGAUGAGGCCUGGUCCCCAGCCUGUCAACUCCUCUCUGGACUCUUUGUGUGAGGAGAGUGGGCCAGACUCGUGGCCAUUGGACAUGGAUGACCUGCUGAGGUUCUCCUAUCAAGUGGCUCAAGGCCUGGACUUCCUGGCAGCCAAGAAUUGUAUUCACCGGGACGUUGCAGCCAGGAACGUUCUCCUGACAGACCGCCGUGUGGCUAAGAUCUGUGACUUCGGCCUGGCACGUGACAUCAUGAAUGACUCCAACUAUGUGGUGAAGGGCAAUGCACGUCUGCCAGUGAAGUGGAUGGCUCCAGAGAGUAUCUUUGAUUGUCUCUACACUGUCCAGAGUGACGUCUGGUCCUAUGGGAUCCUGCUAUGGGAGAUCUUCUCUCUAGGAAAGAGCCCCUACCCCAGUAUCCUGGUGGAUACUAAAUUCUACAAGAUGAUAGAGUCUGGUUAUCAAAUGUGCCGGCCAGACUUUGCCCCUCCAGAGAUGUAUACAAUCAUGAAAAUGUGCUGGAAUCUGCAGCCAACAGAGCGACCCACCUUCAGUAAAAUCAGCCAGCUUAUUGAGAGAGUACUAGGAGAGCAGCCCGAACAUCCAGACCAGCAGCAGAUGAUGUACCAGAACAUCCAGCAACAGGACAUGGUGAUUGAGGAGUUGGAGCUGUGUGAUGAUGAUGGUGAUGAUGUCGACGAGACAACAUUUUGUGACGGCUCCUGUGACCAGUCCUGUGAGCACGAAGAGGAGGAGCAACCUCUGAUGAAGACCAAUAACUAUCAGUUCUGCUGAAAACUCCCUGGCAGCAACAAACUAUCCACAUUCUGAUCUGGAAUUCUUCAACAUUCUUUAUUUUCUUGCUCACUGUAGAAUCAUUCUAGGAACGUAGAGCCAUAGAAAUGGAAUUGGGAUAUUUUCGUGAAGCAAUAAAUGCCUGAAAAGCUAUUUUUAAGUUCUGUUUUGGCUUGUAGAUAGACAGGCAGCUGAAAGAGUCAUGCGACUUGAUAUAUACUCUGACUUGAGAUACCAUGUCUUACGCAGGAGAGAACUGAUCUAAUCACAGAUAGUGUCUUAGUUAUGUACUUACUAUAUGUAAUGCCUUAUUGUAUGUUCAUUCAUUACUUUUUCUAUGGUUUGAGAUUAUGCACCAACGAUGGAUCUACCCUGACUGAACAGAUUGUUCUGUCCACAGGCUUCUAGCUAUGUCCUCUGUUACCACUAUGGUGAGAUUGUUGAUUUCUUAGUUGUGGAAAAGAAUGUUGCUGUGGUGUUUUAAUUCACGUUUGUCAGCGGGUUCACUUCCACAUGGUUGAACGAUCUUUUUUCAACAUGCUAUUCGCAGUUUUCAGAGGCAGCAGCAAGACAGUAGCAAACAUUGCAGAUUGUAGAAUGUUUGCCUAUAUAUGAACAGGUAGUAUCGAGAUUAGAAUGUUGGGCCAGUAAUUGAAAGGUCACUGGUUCAAAUCCCUCAAGGUGAGAAAUCGGUUGUUGUACCCCAAUUGCUUCAGUUACGCCAUUAAUAAUGGCUGAUCCUGGCUGUGACCCCACUCUCUGUGGGUGUCUUGGGGGGAGUUGGGAUAUGCAAAAAAAAAAAAAAAAAAAACAUUUCCUUGUGAAAUAGGACAACUAUAAACACCAACAUAAUUAUUAUUAACAAAGUAUUUCUUUAUACGUAUGAUGGCUUAUUUUGAUGCAGGACAUAACCGUUCCUGAGAUCAAAUCAAACUGGGGACCACAAUCCAGCUUAAACAUGCUAAAUAAACCAUUGAAAUUGAUUUUGAGACGCUGUUUACAUCAGCCCGUCCUUCCCAAUUAAGGUGCCACAGACCUCCUGUGAUAUGUAUACCGCUAUCAGUAUGAUAAAACGUGUAAAUAAUGCCACAAAAAAUAUUGCUUCUUUGUUUUGAAUGUAGCAUUCAGCUAAUACUGCCUACUGUAAUUACCAUGAUUGCAGAUAAAAACUAUAAGUCAGUUAAAGUCUAUAUGUCAGCUAAAAGUCAGAAUUGUUGUAAAACAGUUACUUGGAUUGUUAGCGGCUAUUCUGAAUACUGUUGCAGUGGAAAUGAGAGAGAAAAGUAAGAGAUUUGUAUGUAUGAUGUAAUGUAAAUGAAUAAAUUGAUGUUUAUUUUCACUUUACUGCUUGAAAGCCAAAAACAGAUAUUUUGUCAUUAAAUCCUUUUAGUUUUUUGCUUACCAAAUCACUGUACGGUCUGCAAGGAGUGUAAUUAUACUCAGACAAUAUGUUAAAAAAAAGAAAGAAACUUAAAUAAAGAUAUGUCUGGCUUCCCUUGGA